AUGGAGAACUCCUCCAAUGUUCAACCUAGUCACCUGUCGGGAUCCAGACUGACACCCAGGAAGGAGAGUAAGAGGGGAGCCAUGGUGCCUCCCAGAAGUCACAGGCACAGAGCAUCAAAGGCAGGCCGGCUCCCGGAGGUGGCAUCAUCAGAGAGGAAAGAGAGGCCAAAGAAGGAGAAACCAGAGACGAAUGAGGUGAAAGCAGAGCAGGAGACAGAAGUGAAGUUGAAAUCCACUGUGGUGGACAUAGACAGUGUGAGAGAUGACGAGGUCAAGGAGGAGAACCUGGGGCUCCUGGAAGCAGCGGAGCAGGAAGACGGUUUGAAGCGCAAGAACCUGGGAGUGUUUGAGUGGCUGCUGAUGGUCUUUGUCCUGGCUCUGGUUCUCCUCUUCCUCCCUCUGUCCAUCUGGUUCUGUGUCAAAGUAGUGAGGGAGCAUGAGAGAGCUGUGAUCUUCAGACUGGGUCACCUACUGCGAGGAAGACCCGGAGGUCCAGGUCUUCUUUUCUGCCUGCCAUUCAUUGAUGUGUGUCACAAGGUUGACAUCCGACUGAAAAUGCUGAAGGUUCCUCUUCACACGGUGGUGACAAAAGACUUGGUAAGGCCAGACCUGAGUGCGGUGUGUUACUACCAGAUAGAGAACGUGGCUCUGUGCAGCACUGUUCUGUCCAAUCUGACCACAGCGUUGCAGACUCUGGUCCAAGCCGCGGUCAGAGACGUUCUCGCCCAACACACAUUCAGCCACAUCCUACAGCACAGGAGGAGGAUUGGUCAGCAGAUACAAACAGCUGUUGACUCUGUUGCUUGUCGCUGGGGCGUCCGGAUGGAGAGAGCAGACAUAGAUGAGCUCAGUUUCCCUGUGGAGUUACAGCAUAGUCUGGCUGCUGAGGCUGAGGCCAAGAAACAACAGCAGGCAAGAGCAAAAGCAGCAGAAGCAGAGACAGCUUCCUGGGAGGGGUUCAGGGCCUCCUUCCGUCACCUCCAUCCUGCUCUGGUCCUUCCAUUCCCCCCAGAUCUCCUCAGUCUGACCUCUGACCACUCAUCUCUACCUCCACCUCCUCCUCCUCCUCCUCCUGCUGUGGAAGAAGGAGGAGGAAUGACAGAGGAGCCCGAGACAGACUCACCUAUGAUGUGA